AGAACUAGCUAUAAAAUAGCUAAGUAGGCAACAGUGGUCGUAUACAACAAAUCUCUAUCUACGAAAAUCGAGCAAAACAAUGGAAUCUCCAAUAUCAACUCCAGCUACAAAAGAUUUUCAAGUUGCUGGCAUAUCGCGGAGUGGACGAGUACGGAAAAAGUCAUCGAAAUUAUUGGACUUCGAGUCGCCGGAGGAGAUUGAAAAGCGUACCAAACGACCGGGAAGACAACCAGCCCGUUAUCCCGGACGUGGUCGACCGCCAAAUGCACUGCGCGAACGUGAACCGGAAUUGGUUUUAGCCUUUGACGAUAUCGGUGACGAUGAGGAGCACAAUAACAUCUCCGAUAUGGAGGAGGAGCAGGAUACGGAACAGGAGGAGCAGGAGCAGACAACACAGGCCAUUCUGGGUGCCGCCUUAAUGAACUCGGACGAUGAGGUGGACACACUGGUGCAGGAUCUGGUCGAGGGCGUGGAGGCGGAGGCUUCCUAUUCAAACGAUUCCCGUGUACGUCAAAGUCUCUACAUGCGUGAAAAGACCACCAAACGUAAAGUAAUCAAGGAAGCCAAAGUGCAGCGGAAGGACAAGGGCAAGGUCCGUUACACCGCCUACAGCCUGUGGGCGCGGGAGGUGCGAAAGCGGGACUUUCCCGAUUUGGAUUUCGCCAGUGCGGCACGACGUCUGAGUGAACUGUGGGCGAACGUGUCCAACAAGGAGAAGAACAAUUGGCGGCGCAAGGCCAAGAUUCAAGCGACAAAGGACAGGCGGACACGCGAAAGGAACGCCACAGACAUGGUGAACAUGGCACAACAUGGCACAGCAGCGUCACAUGGCAUGGCCAUGACCCUGGGCAAUGGACAGGGAUCAGGAACAGGAACAGCUGCCGUUGCCAGCGAUGCGACCUUUGUGAAUCGGGCGACAACGAGUCGCACCAAGAAACUGGCCGCUGAACGGCGGCAGCUGCCGGAUCAACUGGCAAACACAGCCACGCCCACAACCUGGGCACAGAGCAGACAGAAGCAGCCGAGGAACAGCAACAGUCGCCUCAAGACGCCUGCAGCAGCAGCAGGAGAAGCUGGCAAAUCUGGUGUGAUGGAUCUGGAGCAGAUGAACGUUAAAGGAGCAACUCAACCAUCCAGUAUUGAGGCAAUUGAUGCAGCUGCUCAUCUCAAGCUGCUCGGUGAGAGUCUGACGGUGAUUGGAGAACGUCUUAAGGAGCACAAUGGACAUGUCGCACUCUCCGGCAGUCUGUCCGUGCUGUUGGACAGUCUGCUGUGCUCCAUGGGACCGCUGCUCUGUAUGACAACGCAAAUACCCGGACUGGAGAACAAAAAGCAGCUGAGCACAAAUCUGGCAACGACACUGGAUAACAUUGCCUACGUAAUGCCGGGUCUUUAAAUAACCAAACUGGAAUGCCUGGUGCAUCUGGUUUUUAUCAUUUAACCAGUUUAAAUAUUGAAUAGAAUAUAACAAACAUAUUGGUAGAUGCAAUUAAGCUUAAGUUUGCCCUAUUCAAAUAUUCAAAAAAAAAAAAGACGGAAUACAUAUUAGUUUUAAAAACAAAAA